AUGUUGAAAAGAGAGAAAUUGGUACCGAUGACCAUUGAUUUGAAGAAUAUAACGAUUAUUCUAGACGAAAUCUAUCUUUCAGAAACAGUCAGGAAAGCCGAAGACUCUGUCUACUGGUUUAUUGAGCAUUAUGAAUGGAUUGUUGUUGGAUGCGUGGUUUACAUGAUCAUGUACAUGGUAGUCGUGCUUCUUGCCUGCAGUAAAAAGUUUCGACAAGACCAAAUUCGAAAGCGGAGCGAUAGAUUGUCAAGAAGGAUCCUGACUCUUUGGAAUAACCGAAUGAUGGAGAGUCCGUGUAUUUCAUCAGAAUCAAUAAGCGGCACGAAAGAAGUGUGA